AUAAAUAUUUUGACAAUUCAGUCUGACACAACCUCAAAUAUAUCAAUCAUAACGAUUCUGCUAUAAUUGAUUAUUCAUUGACAAAUGUGUACCAUAAAACCCAAUGUGUUUAAUUGGUAUAGUGUUUCCUUUAUAAUUUCAAAAGACUUAAUAUUUAGACACCCAUUGGUUUCGGAUCCAGCAUGAUACAUCCAUGCCCAACGGCGCAGCUGGAAUUAAUAAAAGACGCAUAGUGGAUAUGCUUCAUGAUAGUUUAUUAAUCGAGAUUUAAAGUUGACUGUCAAAUUAAUGAUGCAUUAGUAUAGUUGUUAAUAACGCUCAAUUAAACGUGUUGAAUCUCGUUGGUGUGAAACAGCGAUAGUGGCAGUCGCGGAAAGCACGUCAAUGAACCCCCUCCCCCUCCAGCGAGCGAUAUGAUUCGCCUCAGUUCAGAACCAUGGUCAGCUCUCAGCGCGCGCUCGCAGGAAGUGGCCAUUGUCAGUAGCAUUUGGUAUUAAAUUAAAAGACUGUUCGGAGAAACCUGACGAAACGGCAGCUACGGACCCUACUUAUCCUUAGUUUUAUCUUCAGGAAAUUCGUUAUGGUUAACGGGGAGUUAAUCGAAGAAAAAACGUAAGCAGCAACAAUUUAUUUCGGCGGAAGACUGCUGGCUGUUGAAAGCGGUUUCUCACUCUCGCUGAGGACAACCAAGAACUUAGUUGAAAAUGUUGGAUCCAUCGUCGAGCGAGGAGGAGGCGGAAGAGGUUGUGGAAGAAGAACGCAAAGUGGUGGCGGCGCCCAAGGCUGGUGGUCCUCGGGUGUCUCCAAGCAGGACUAUCGAAAGCUCUGGUGGGUUACAGCCAAGCCGAAGCACCAAUGUCCGUCCAACGAGCCCGAGCCCCUCGGUCGCGAUCGAGAAGGAAAAGGAUGACUUGGAAAAAAUGCAGAGGGAGGAAGAAGAGAGAAAGAAACGGCUUCAGCUUUACGUCUUUGUAAUGCGCUGUAUUGCCUAUCCGUUUAAUGCGAAGCAGCCGACUGACAUGGCGAGACGACAGCAAAAGAUCAGCAAGCAACAGCUUCAAACAGUGAAAGAUCGUUUCCAGGCUUUCCUAAAUGGAGAGACUCAGAUUGUAGCAGAUGAAGCCUUCAUCAAUGCUGUCCAAAGCUACUAUGAGAUAUUCCUCAAAAGCGACCGGGUGUCCCGCAUGGUCCAAAGUGGUGGUUGCUCAGCUAGUGACUCCCGCGAGGUCUUUAAGAAGCACAUCGAGAAACGUGUCCGCAGCCUACCAGAGAUUGAUGGCUUGAGCAAAGAGACGGUCCUCAGCUCGUGGAUGGCCAAGUUUGACACCAUUUACAGGGGAGAGGAAGACCCACGCAAGCAACAGCAGCGCAUGACAGCUAGCGCUGCCUCCGAACUCAUUCUCAGCAAGGAUCAACUUUAUGAGAUGUUCCAACAGAUUCUUGGCAUUAAGAAGUUCGAACACCAGCUGCUUUACAAUGCGUGUCAGCUGGAUAAUCUAGAUGAACAAGCUGCACAGAUCAGAAGAGAGCUGGAUGGACGACUGCAAAUGGCUGAUCAAUUCACCAAAGCCGGCAGGUUUCCUAAGUUUGUGUCUAGGGACAUGGAGGCCAUGUACAUUGAGGAGCUGAAGUCAUCAGUGAACCUUCUCAUGGCCAACCUUGAGAGCAUGCCGGUGUCUAAAGGUGGAGAGUUUAAACUGCAAAAGCUUAAGAGAGGCCAUAACACCUCCAUCAUUGACAUGGGCCAAGAAGAUGAGAAUCAGCUCUCCAAAUCUGAUGUGGUUCUCUCUUUUACUCUGGAGGUGGUGAUUAUGGAGGUGCAAGGUCUGAAGUCCUUAGCACCAAACCGGAUUGUUUACUGCACCAUGGAGGUGGAGGGAGGGCAGAAACUUCAAACUGACCAAGCAGAGGCCUCCAAGCCCACUUGGGGAACCCAAGGAGACUUCACCACCACUCACCCUCUUCCAGGAGUGAAAGUGAAACUUUUCACUGAGAGUACAGGAGUCCUGGCACUGGAGGACAAAGAGCUGGGACGUGUUGUAUUACACCCCACACCAAACAGUCCCAAACAGUGUGAGCUCCAUAAGAUGACUGUUGCCAAAGGAUGCCCAGAUGACUUGAAGAUUAAACUGGCUGUCCGUAUGGACAAACCACAGAACAUGAAGCACUGUGGAUACCUUUGGGCAAUCGGAAAAAACCUGUGGAAAAGAUGGAAGAAGAGAUUCUUCGUCUUGGUGCAGGUGAGCCAGUAUACCUUUGCCAUGUGUAGCUACAGAGAGAAGAAAGCAGAACCUGUUGAACUUCUCCAACUGGACGGAUACACUGUGGAUUACACCGACCCUCAACCAGGUCUGGAUGGUGGUCGUACAUUCUUCAAUGCUGUUAAGGAGGGAGACACUGUGAUAUUCGCCAGUGACGACGAACAAGAUAGAAUCCUUUGGGUUCAGGCGAUGUAUCGUGCCACGGGCCAGUCCCACAAACCCAUCCCUCCGACCCAGGUGCAGAAACUCAAUGCGAAAGGAGGGACGGCACCACAGCUCGACGCCCCCAUCUCUCAGUUCUAUGCAGACCGAGCACAGAAACAUGGAAUGGAUGAGUUCAUCUCUGCAAACCCCUGCAAUUUUAACCACGGUUCAAUGUUUGAGAUGGUUCAGCGCUUGACACUAGACCACAGACUCAAUGAUUCGUACUCCUGCCUGGGUUGGUUCAGUCCAGGCCAGGUGUUUGUAUUAGACGAAUACUGCGCCAGAUACGGUGUGCGGGGUUGUCACAGACACCUUUGCUACCUGAAUGACUUGUUGGAGAGAGCUGAAAAAGGGUCCAUGAUUGAUCCCACCCUGCUGCACUAUAGCUUUGCCUUCUGCGCCUCUCACGUCCAUGGCAACAGUGCUUCAUGUUAUCCUCUACCUAAAAUCACUCCAUACCUCUUCUCAGUUCUCCCUGUUUAUCUGUCUAUACACCCACUGUCCACACAUGGGCAGAAACACAGAGUGAGCGGGCUACUAAAAUGGCCUGUGUCAGAGAGUGAGCUCCUUAGUGCUCUGUUUCCCUCCCCCCCUGAGCCCUUGACCCCCUCUAAGAAAGAGAACAAAAUCAUGGAUGUCUGGAGAAAAAAGGAGUCUAAGUCGCAGGUGGUCGCAGGCCCCAGAAGGCCUGAUGGAAUCGGUACCGUCACAGUCGAAGAGAAAGAACAUUUUGAGGAAAUCAAAGAACGACUGCGAGUGCUGCUUGAAAAUCAAAUCACACACUUCAGGUAUUGUUUUCCAUUUGGUCGCCCAGAAGGAGCCUUGAAAGCCACGUUGUCACUGCUUGAGAGGGUACUGAUGAAAGACAUUGUGACACCAGUACCUCAGGAUGAGGUGAAGGCAGUGAUUUCUAAAUGUCUGGAGCAGGCAGCUUUAGUGAAUUACCAGCGCCUAUCAGAAUAUGCCAAGGUGGAAGGCAAAAAGAGAGAAAUGUAUGAACAUCCUGUCUUCUGUUUGGCGUCACAAGUGAUGGAUUUAACCAUUCAAAAUGUAGGCCGCAUGGUCACACCUGCCAAAAAGCUGGAGGACACACUGCGGCUGGCUGAGCUGGUCAUAGAGGUUCUCCAGCAGAAUGAGGAACAUCACGCAGAGGCUACAGGGCCAAGAACAGGAGGUCAGGCGGGUAAAGAGGCGUUUGCAUGGUGGUCAGAUCUGAUGGUUGAACAUGCCGAGACGUUCCUCUCCCUCUAUGCCGUGGACAUGGAUGCAGCACUAGAGGUCCAACCUCCAGACAGCUGGGACAGCUUCCCGCUCUUUCAACUCCUCAAUGACUAUCUGCGCACAGACUAUAAUCUAUGUAACGGGAAGUUCCACAAGCAUCUGCAAGACCUUUUUGCUCCUCUGGUAGUGAGGUACGUGGAUCUUAUGGAGUCCUCCAUAGCUCAGUCCAUACACAGAGGAUUUGAACGAGAGUCUUGGGAACCUGUCAAGAGUUUAACAAGUAAUCUGCCAAGUGUCAACCUACCAAAUCUACAAAUGCCUAAAGUACCAAAUCUACCAGUGUCAGUUAAUCUGCCACCAAUGCAAAUGCUUAGUUUUUCCACUCCCAACUGGAUCCCGGGUUUAUCUGAUACAGAUAAUGGUUCAGGGACUUCAGAAGAUUUGUUCUGGAAGCUGGAUGCUCUUCAGACGUUUAUCAAAGACCUGCACUGGCCUGAAGAAGAGUUCGCAAAGCACCUGGAGACUCGACUCAAACUUAUGUCUAGUGACAUGAUUGAGUCCUGUGUGAAAAGGACAAGAGCAGCUUUUGAGUUGAAGUUACAGAAGAGCCCUCGUACCACAGACUUCCGUGUCCCUCAGUCUAUAUGCACCAUGUUCAAUGUCAUGGUGGACGCCAAAGCCCAGUCUGCCAAACUAUGUGCCAUGGAGCUUAGCCAAGAGUUUGUUAAAGAAUGGAGACAAUAUCACUCGCAAAUUGACAAUCUCAUCGAGGAGACGGUGAAAGAAAUGAUUACUUUACUUGUGGCAAAGUUUGUUGUUAUACUGGAGAGCGUUCUGGCCAAAUUGUCACGUUACGACGAGGGCACGCUGUUUUCCUCCUUUCUGUCAUUUACAGUAAAAGCUGCUUCAAAAUAUGUGGAUGUACCUAAACCUGGGAUGGAUGUUGCAGACAGCUAUGUGACAUUCGUUCGCCAUUCUCAGGAUGUCUUGAGGGAUAAGGUCAAUGAGGAGAUGUAUAUAGAAAGGUUAUUUGAUCAAUGGUACACCAGCACAAUGAAUCUCUUGGGCACCUGGCUAACAGACCGUAUGGACCUGCAGCUGCAUGUGUAUCAGCUGAAAAUUCUCAUCAGAGUUGUAAAGAAAAAGUAUCGUGAUUUCCGACUACAAGGCGUGUUGGACUCCACCCUGAACAGCAAGAUGUAUGAUACAGUAAGAAACAGGCUGAUUCUUGAAGAGGCUACAGCAUCUGUACGAGAAGGAGGGAUGCAAGGAAUAUCUAUGAAAGAUAGCGAUGAAGACGACUAACUCCUGCCCAGGACUGUUAGGUGUGAACAAUUAGCCAUGUUUAUCUUGGCCUAUAUUGAUGCAUGUACACUUCUGUUCAUCACUUGUACAUGUCUGGAUGUUGUUAACGUCACGUUUCUAACAAACAAGGGACCAAAUUCAAUGAACAAUUAUAAAACAAAUAUAUCUACUCAAUUGAGAUGAGUAUUAAAAAAUACAUUUUUGUUGAAAGAAUUCAAAUUAAUUUUAUUUGAUGUUCCUUAAACAUGUUUGAUUCAUUUUUAAAUGUUUUUAAGCAAUAUGGAGUAUCAUUUGUAAAUGAUGUUGUGUGAGAUGGUAAGGAAAAAAGCUUGUUGUGUGUCCCUGUUUAAUGCAAAUCUGUUUGCCGCUUCUUAAACGUAUUGUAAAUACAUUAUUGGUACAUAACAGACCUAUUACUUGUUUUAAGUGUAAACCAAUUGACAUGGUUGUACUAACAUGUUCAGAUGUUUUAUAUAUAAAUAUAUAUAUAAAACUUCCACAAUAACUCAAUAAUCUAAAAUGUGUUUUUCACCCAAAAAGACUUUAGACACUUUUUUAACGGGUUAUAGGAACGGUGAUAUGUUUUUAGGUGUAAUUUUGAGAUGCAAUAUAUUCCCACACUGUAAUAAAAAUGCAGCAGGUUAAAACAACUUGGUUUUGCAAGUCAAGUUUUGGCUUGUGAAAAGUUGACAGAACUUAAAAAAUGAAGUUACACAAUUGAUUUUAUUUGAUUGAUUUAACUUGAUUUUAUAAGUUAAAGUUUUUUAACAAAAAUGCUGCACAUUUUUUACAGUGAUAUCUUAUUUGCGAUAUACUUUAACUGACGUCAACAAUUUUCUAUGUUUUUAAGCCAUUCAUAAUUUAAAAAUAUUUUUGAAAUUAUUUAUUCUGUAUUUGGGAGAAAAUAGCGAGAAGGUAUUUAAUUUGUACACUUAUUUUUAGUCUUUUUUUAAACAAAACUUUUCCAAUCGUUCCAACUGAAUACUCUUGAAAUGCUUGCCAGUUUCCAUCAUUGACACUGUUGUUUUGUGUUUAUUGCGCUUUCUGUUCCCCUCUGUACAGUAGCUGCAUGUCCCAGUUGUCAGCAAUCUUAACCGAAAGCUUUUGAUUUUGUGGAAAGUAACUGGUGGAUUCAUAUUGCGUCUGCCUUAUGUACACCCACAGUGGAAAUGCGAGAAUCGGGCUUAAAAAAAUAAAAUAACUUUAACUCUG